CUUUUGGGGUCCGUAUAGAAGCACGCGCCGGUGAUGUUGGGCAUGGCGGGGGGAGGGCAAAUUAUGGGGCAACUACUGUUGAACACGCACUCUUAUUCUCUCACUCCACCCCUCCCUCUCAUCUUCGACUUCAGCUAUGGAUCAUCUUUCCGGCCUUCUUACCACUACAUUACUACUAGUACAACAACUAUUCAGAAGAAGCUCGUCAACAACAACAACAACGUUUUUCAUAGACUUCAAUUUCCUCUUUCCUCAAGAUACAUGCCUACACUCUGCCCACGGGGAGCGGCACCUGAUUCUAAUCAAUCAGAAACUUGUUUUCACGAUUUUGAACCCGACGAUGACGAUCGAGACAGCCCGGCCAAGCGACAAGGAGACCAAUUCGCUACUACUGACAACAAGAUAGGAUCUUCUACAGCGAUUACCAAGGCUUUUCCUUCAGGAAAUUCAGCUAUAAUUUCCGCCUGCUUUAUCGGCCUUCUAACCGGCGUCAGUGUCGUCAUUUUCAAUAUCUCCGUGCAUGAAUUGCGGGACCUUUUCUGGGAUGGGAUUCCAUAUAGAGGUGCUUCAUGGUUGAGAGAGGAGCCUAUUGAGGCAAUAUGGCAGAGAGUAGUUGCAGUUCCAGUUUGUGGGGGGCUCGUGGUUAGUAUUUUGAAUGUUGCCCGAGGUUAUUUAGAGGUUUCUACACGUGGUACUUUGGGACCUAAUUUUAAAAGUGCUCUAGAACCAGUUCUGAAGGCAAUGGCUGCUUCUGUUACCCUUGGUACGGGGAAUUCAUUAGGGCCAGAAGGGCCAAGUGUUGAGAUUGGUGCAUCAAUUGCCAAGGGGGUUGGAACUGUGCUCCGUAGUCCUAACCAAAUAUCUCUCAUUGCUGCAGGCUCUGCUGCUGGCAUUUCUUCAGGUUUCAAUGCAGCUGUUGCUGGUUGUUUCUUUGCUGUAGAGUCAGUUCUGUGGCCAUCUACAUCAGAUUCAUCCUCAUCACUUGCAAAUACGACUUCAAUGGUCAUACUCAGUGCUGUUAUAGCAUCGGUUGUGUCAGAAAUUGGGCUUGGUUCUGAACCAGCCUUUACAGUGCCAGAAUAUGAUUUCCAUUCUCCAACUGAACUCCCACUGUAUCUUUUGCUGGGUAUCCUUUGUGGCUUGGUCUCAUUGACCCUGUCUAAGUGUACAUCAUUCAUGCUGGUAUCUGCUGACAAUAUGCACAAAAACAUGGGGAUGCCAAAGGUUGUUUUCCCAAUUCUGGGUGGCUUAUCUGUUGGGCUAAUGGCAUUAGCAUAUCCAGAAAUACUCUAUUGGGGUUUUCAGAAUGUUGACAUAUUACUAGAAUCUCGGCCAUUCGUCAAAGGUCUCACUACUGAUAUGUUGCUUCAGCUUGUAGCAGUCAAGAUAGUGGCAACCUCUCUAUGCAGGGCCUCCGGACUAGUGGGUGGCUUUUAUGCACCAUCUCUCUUUAUUGGUGCAGCAACUGGAAUGGCCUAUGGAAAAAUUGUUAGUUAUGCGGUUACUAACUCAGAGCCUUUCUUUCAUCUAUCUUUCUUGGAUGUAGCAUCACCUCAAGCGUAUGGCCUGGUUGGUAUGGCUGCCACUUUGGCAGGAGUCUGUCAAGUACCUCUUACCGCGGUGUUACUUCUCUUUGAACUCACACAGGACUAUAGAAUAGUUCUCCCUCUUCUAGGAGCUGUGGGAAUGUCUUCGUGGAUUACAUCGGGGAACACGUUGAGAACCAAUAUUGGGGGUUUGAAGAAACCUGAAGGUGGGGAGAUGUCUUCCAACCCAGAUGAGGUUUCCACUAUUGGUACAUCUGCUGCAAAAGGGUCCGAUGCUAAUAACCUUUGUGAAAUUGAGAGCUCCCUCUGUAUAGAUGAUUAUAAUUAUAACAUAGAGGAGUUAGGACAACAUGUUCUUGUUUCACAAGCCAUGAGAACCAGAUAUGUGACUGCCUUGUCGAACACUCCAUUAAUAGAGGCAGUGAACCUCAUGCUUCUGGAGAAGCAAUCAUGUGCGCUAGUUGUUGAUGACAAUAAUGUACUAAUUAGUUUGUUGACUCUUGGGGACAUUCAAGAAUUCAGUCAGUCUGAAGAGGCAAAAAGCAGAAGACCUGAGGAGAUAUUAGUAUCUGAAGUAUGUCAUUUGAAUGGAAAAAGUUCCCAAAUACCAUGCACUGUAACUCCUUGCAUGAAUAUACUUUCUGCUCAGACAAUUAUGGUGAGAAAUGGUAUAGAUCAAGUUCCAGUUAUGGAGCAAGUUGAAGGUCUGCAAGGUCAGCUUGUUGGCAUUUUGGACAAGGAAAGCAUCACCCUGUCCUGCAGGAUCAUUGCAACGGGAGAAUUCCUCAACUUGUUCCUAAUAAACUCAGAUGAAUGACUGGACAAUGGUUUAUGUUGCCACUGAUAACACCAGAAAUCUUGGUUUUAUCUGAUCAACUAGCUAGCAGUGAGGAUGACGAGGAAGAACACCGAGUUCAAACAGAGCAUCGUCUCAAGUUCUUUGUAAAAAAACAUUGAUCUUCAUGGAGUCUAGUACAUAAUUCUGGAACAUGUGAAAUAAAAAAAGGAGUUAUUCAUUGAUAUGUAUUGCUACUGGUAUAUAUUCUAUAUAAUGUAUUUGUUUUUUUGGGGCGUGGGAUGGAGUGA